CAUGGUAUGGGAUCAUGGCGGCACAGGCAAGGAAUUCGUACACUCGCUCUUGGAGCCUUCGCCACUGGAUAUAUACUGUGGACCUGGAUAGUCCUACGACGUACGUACUCAUAUACUCCUAUAGACGACGAGGAGGACGAGGACGAGGACGACGCCGGGAGACGAUAUGAUCCCAUGCAUGUGUCUGGAUCCGAUCCCCUACCCUACCCUAUCCUGCACCUGUCCUUGGUUUCCUAGACGAGUUAGCGAAGAGCAAAGGCCAUUUGACCUGGCCAUCACUUCCCCCCUUCCCCGAACACGUCUCCUCGCCUCGCCGGCCAGAGCCGAAUGGGCGCACGCCGGCCGAUCUUCCCACUCGGCCCGGCGUGGCGACAGCCAAAACGCCCGUCCGAUCCGACCGGGCCCCAGCUACCACCCGCCGCCGCCGCUUCGCCACGACAGCAGCCUGCGUAGCCAGCUCGUGAGAUCCAGCUCAUCACAGCGCGCGCGCUCUAUAAGUAGACGCGCGACACACGGAUCUCUGGUCUCUCUCGCUCGGUGCAACUUAACCUACGCGAGCGGAGAGGCCGAGGCGAUUGGUGGGCUGGCAGUGCGCGCCAGCUGCGUUGGGACGUACGAGGGAUAGAGGAGGGCGGCGGCGGCAUGCGGCGCGGGGACCCGCUGGUGGUGGGGCGUGUGAUCGGCGACGUGGUGGACCCGUUCGUGCGCCGGGUGCCGCUGCGCGUGGCGUACGCCGCGCGGGAGGUCUCCAACGGCUGCGAGCUCAGGCCCUCCGCCAUCGCCGGCCAGCCGCGCGUCGAGGUCGGCGGCCCAGACAUGCGCACCUUCUACACCCUGAAUUUGCAGGUGAUGGUGGAUCCGGAUGCUCCAAGCCCGAGCGAUCCCAACCUCAGGGAGUACUUGCACUGGCUGGUCACCGACAUCCCGGCGACGACAGGAGUUUUUUUUGGGACUGAGGUUGUGUGCUACGAGAGCCCACGGCCGGUGCUCGGAAUCCACCGGGUGGUUUUUCUGCUCUUCCAACAGUUCGGCCGGCAGACGGUGUACACCCCUGGGUGGCGGCAGAACUUCAGCACCCGUGACUUCGCGGAGCUCUACAACCUCGGCUUGCCGGUCGCCGCCGUCUACUUCAACUGCCAAAGGGAGUCGGGAACUGGUGGGAGAAGAAUGUGAACUCUACAUAAUAAGGGGUGAGAUUAUAUGUAUACACGCACGCCAAAAUUAAUGGAGAAAAAGAACUGUCAGAUCAACUAUAUUGUUCAACUAAUCAAUUAGUAUUAUAGAUAGUUCUGGGCCUUCUGGCAAAUUGGCAUGGGUAUAAAGUGAGCUGUUUUAUGCAUAGGAUGGUCUGAUGAAUCUCAUGAGUCAAAAUGACUGUCUCUCCAGCCAUCUCAGAAAAGGAUGACUGUCUUGUUUUGUGCCAUUGUUUCUUCAGAUCACCAGGUUCAGUACUUGAAUUGUGGAUAUGAUGUCAAACUUCCUUAUUAA